GGAUAAACAAUAUUAUCAGAAAAAAGCCAUCUAGCGGACAUCCACCACACCAAACAACCCUCAUAAAUCCAUUUCUGUAUUUCUACCCUUAUAUAAUCGAUUUUAUCCGUGUCAUUAUACUAUUUCAACCCCUAUGGGGUGCGCAGAUCCAAUAUCACAGUGUAAUUUUAUUACACUUGCCUUAAAAAAAGGGUUAUUGUGUCCUUAUUUUGGACACCGACUGCAAAUUUUCAAGAAAAAACGGAAAAAUUUGCGUAUUAAAUAAAAGAGAUGCCUUCAGAGCCGGAUUCAGGGCUUCAGCCCAACGAAGAAAGGCCAAGAAUUUUGUUUGUAAGUCCUGGAAAUAAUUUGUCUUGGCCUGAUAAGGACAGAAACAUCAGUUAUCAUAUUCCUUCAGUCUGUGACGAUUUUUAUUACGCCAGCGACGGGCGUAAGUUUACUGAAGAGAUCAGAAAACUUUUUGAUGUCUUUUUUGCAAAUUCCACCAGUGGAGGUACGUGGUGGCCUUGGUGCGACUACUGGAAAGAUCCUCAACACAUUUUGUACCAACUGGCAAAUGUCUGCUUUGUUCUGGCUUACUCGUCAACAUGCUCCAAAAAAGGAGUACUCUUCAUGCAUUGCUGGCUGAUAUUUGGACUAAUGUUAUUCUCAACAUGGGCCUGGAACAUUAUAUGUGCCCCAGAUGUUUUUACAUGGAACUUUGCCUUUAUGCUGAUGAAUAUGGCUCAAGUUUUCCAUAUUUUGUACCAACUAAGGCCUGUGAAGUUUGACCCAGAGCUAGAAGAAGUGUACCAUACUCUUUUUGAACCGUUUAAAUUAUCAAGACUUCAAUUUAAACGGAUGGUAAGUCCGGAUUUUGCCCAAAUCAUGUCUCUCCAUGCUGGAGAAGCUUACGCAGUCCAAAAUUUGACCAGGACAGACAGAUUGGGUCUUUUACUAUCAGGAAAAGUUAAUGUAUUAUCAGAUAAUCAAUUCCUGCAUCCAAUAUUACCGUGUGAGUUUAUGGAUUCACCUGAAUUUGAAUCUAGCAGAAAUACAGUGGAUGAUAAAUUCAAGGUGUCAAUUGUAGCUGCCAGUUCUUGCAGAUACCUCUACUGGCAAAGAUCUUCCUUGGAAUACCUUUUCGUUAAAGACACUUACAUAGCAACUGUCCUAACAACACUAAUUGCAAGAGAUAUAACAACAAAACUUUAUGCGAUGAACAAUAAAAUUGUUACAGCUAAAGGAUCACAUCUGGAUAUAAGACUGCCCAGCAUAACAUCGUCACUGACCUCCGGAGGUGAAUACAAAAGUCCAAUAAGGACUAAAAAAGCAAACGGAGGUAUGUGUAACGCAUCCAUAGAAGCGUUUUGUAACGAGAAUACCACUCCGAAACCAAAAAUCUAUGAUAAAUUUAAAGAAAAUGGUAACGUUUCCCAGAAUUGUUAUGUCAGUGAGAUGGAGCCACUGACAGAGCUUCCGUCAUCCGAUGAUCUAACUUCCAAUGACGUGGAAAGCUGGUUGGAAACUAGCUCUAAGUAUCAUAGUUGUGAAAUUAAUGUGAUUUUCUAUCAAAUAAAUGACUUAAUUAUGGAAAUAUCUGUGAUCCAAUCGAGAACUUACGCGACACAUUUGGUUCCUGUUAAAACGAAUUUUUCUAGAUUGAAUGUUGUUGAUUCGUCAAAAAACUCGCGGCAUCAGUUACGCAACGACAUGCACGUGGAAUUUAAUAAAACCAUGCCGAAACUGAACGCAACCAAGUCGAAUUAUACGUAUUUGGAGAACUUGGUCACGUGGAACACCAGUGACUUCUACUACAACGUAUCGAAUAGUUCGGAUUUGGACUAUGACUAUCAGAUGAUGAAUGGUACCAUAGAUGAUUCAUCGUGGUCAAUGUGUAAAGAGUGGACACCAGCGCAACAUAGUCUAUUUCAGACAGCUAACUUUUUCUUUGCAGCUGCAUUUCUUGUACCGGGCAGCUUCAAACAGAGUGUACUUCUAGUCAGAGCUCUACUGUCCUUCGGCUAUUUUUUUCUGGCAAUCUGGGGAGGCAUGGAAGUGUGUGCUCCGGACAUCUUACUUUGGAAUUCCAUCAUAGUAGUUUUAAAUUGUACCCACACAGCGAUGCUCACGUGGAGAUUUCUGCCUCCCACGUUAACUCUGGAGUUGACGGAACUUUAUAUUAAGGUAUUUAAGCCACUUAGAGUCAGCAAAAAACACUUCAAAGAACUGGUAAAGGAAGCCAAAGUGAUGACGCUAGAAACUGGUGACAUCUACGCGGUGGAAGACAUAAGUCCUGCAGAUGAACGUCUAUCAAUAUUACUCAAAGGCAGGUUGAGAGUGACCUGUGACGACACACAUCUGCAUUUCAUUGGUCAGCAUCAAUUCGUGGACUCGCCAGAAUGGGAGGCCAAUCACGAGCAGUCCGAUGACGUGUUCCAAGUGACAAUCACAGCGGAAGAGGACAGCACUUACCUUUGCUGGUCCAGGAUGAAGCUGGAGAGGGUUUUGAGGCACAGACCCAUGCUCAAAACAGUCUUAGACUCUGUUAUAGGUAAGGAUAUUACACAGAAACUGUACGCUCUCAACGAGCAUCUCAGUGGACUUAAUGAUGAGAGAAACAGAGGUAAAAGAAACGAAAUAUGGGCAAAAACGCACAAUAGAAGCAUGUCAAUGGAUGCUGUCAACACCGGUACCACUGGAUUGGUCAGAUCGCAAGCUUAUAAGUCAGCUGUGAAGAACUGUAAUCCUUUUAGUCCUACAAACAUGGGCUCCAUAGGAAAACUGCAACAAAACAACCACCAACAGAGCUGGGUACCGAUAGUUGUUAGUCAAUUUCCAACAACUUCACCAUUCAUCACUCAAAAUUCAACAAAUACCACCAAAAUACCCGAAGUUCAUACACCACAAAGAACCAGAUCAUUGAAAGGAUCGAAAAAAGACAGGGAAGUCAAAUUUCAGGCUGAAAAAUAAAAAAAAUUCAGAUGAAAUAUAUCCAAAAAAUCGAGAAAAAUAAGACUUGUUUUGAAAAAAAAAUUCUAUCACCUUGUAUACAUAUUUCAAGGCAAAUUUUUAUUGUUUUUUAUAAUUUAUUUUCUUUAUACGUCUAAGAACUAUAAUAUCUGCAAAAAUACUUGCAUAUCGAUAGUUCUUUCCUUUUUCAGGUGUAUAGUCAUCAAAUUUUUCACUCAAAAUGAAUAAAAAUAUCCUCAUGACCACUCACCAAUACAUAUUGAGUUAAUUUCUUUAUUAUGGACUAAAAAUUUGCUUUUAUUUUUUGUUAUUACCAACAUUUUAUCACAAAAAGUUUGAAAAAUAUGAUUUUUCUCCAUAUUUCAACAAAUUACAAACCAAAACAAUUUUAUUAUUAAUCACCAUCAGUUCAAGCAUCAAGUGUGCUUUGGAAUGUAACUCUUCUUCUUUUAAUUUUUUCGUAAACUUAUAAUCAUAGUUCCAGGGGCCAACCUUGCCUACUGCGAAUUGUAAAAAGCCUUAUAUUAUGAAAUAAAAGCUUUAUAACGAUCGUACAGGGUGAGUCAACUACAGAGCAAUAUUCAUUAUCACACUUCUAUUGAGAAUUACGAAUUUUUAAGUGUAACACCCUAUUUUUAUGUAUUCUGCGUAAAAUUCUAUAACGGUUUUUGAAGUCUGAACAUUACUCUAUUCGUUGAUUCAUCCUGUAUGUAUGAUAUGAUCGAAUAUAUUCUUGAUUUUAAUUACUUAUUUAGUAUAUUCAAGAUUUAUUCGAUUAUAAAUAUAUAUCUACGUAAAAAAUGGUCUAAAAGACCAACCAAGCAUAAUAUUGUGCCUUUAGAACCAAAAAAUAUAUAUUAAAAAAUAACCGUACUUCAUUUUUGACCUGCACAACUUUUUGUUGAAACUUAGCAGCAUACAAACUACAUGUAUAUUAUUGUGUAGCUAGCUAAAUGUCGUAUUUACAUGUAUACUCAAUAUAACAAAGUAUCUAUACAGGGUAUAUUAAGAAUUAUAUUAUUUAGUGCCAAACCCCUAUAUACUACGAUGUUAAAAAAUUAUUAAAGUAUUUUUUAAAAUACCCUGUAUUAUAUUUUAUACAUACACAUGUUACUGGGUGUUUGUUUAGUCAUAAACUGAUGUCAUAUUAUUAUCAAUCAUAAUAUAAGUGUUGUAAAACCAUAUAUGUAACAUUAAAAUAAUUAAAAUAUAUAGAGAGACGAAAAUUAUAAACUGAAUUAAUAUAUAAUUCCACAACUUGCCUUCCAAACAUGUAAACUUUAUAUAUAUUUUAUAAAACUAAACCUCCAGGUAUUGCAACUAAUUCGUUUUUAUAUAAUUAUUAUAUUUAGAAAAAUGCAGUUACUGUAAAUAAUAGAGGUAUAUGUUAAUAUUGUU